UAUUGUUAUCUCUAGUGUCAGGUUCAUCUUUCUUUUCACAGAGAGAGAGAGAGAGAGAGCAAAGCACAAAAAUGGCGCUUUCUCCAACUUUGCUCUCCCUGCCCAUUUCAUCAUCCACCUUCCAUAUCCUCCCAGACUCUGAUCCUCCAUACAAACACCUCGAAAACCACCCAUCUCUUCACCUCCUCUCCAAAUGCAAAAGCAUGCAGGACCUCAAACAAGUCCACUCUCACAUCAUCAAGACCGGCCUCCACAACACCCACUUCGCGCUAAGCAAGCUCAUCGAGUCUUGCGCCAUCUCGCCCUUUGGCGACCUCUCUUACGCGCUCUCCGUCUUUGAAUCCAUCCAAGAACCCAACCGGUUCAUUUGGAACACAAUUAUACGAGGACACUCGUUGAGCUCGAAUCCUAUACUAGCCGUGGAAUUAUUUGCACGUAUGAUUCUAUGCGGGACGGAGCCGAAUUCUUAUACUUUUCCGUUUGUUUUGAAAUCUUGUGCUAAAGUUGGGGCUACCCAUGAAGGGAAACAGGUGCAUGCACAAGUUUUGAAGCUUGGGCUUGAGUGCGAUGCCUUUGUGCAUACUUCGCUCAUCAACAUGUAUGCUCAAAGUGGUGAAUUGGACAAUGCGCGUUUGGUGUUUGAUAAAAGUACUCUUCGAGACGCGGUGUCGUUUACAGCUUUGAUCACUGGUUAUGCUUCAAGGGGUUUUAUGGACGAUGCUCGUCGGCUUUUUGAUGAAAUUCCUGUGAGAGAUGUGGUAUCUUGGAAUGCUAUGAUUGCGGGCUAUGCUCAAUGUGGCUGGUUUGAAGAGGCAUUGGUGUUCUUCGAGGAGAUGCGAAAAAUGAACGUCCCGCCCAAUGAGAGUACGAUGGUGACUGUACUUUCAGCUUGUGCUCAGUCGGGGUCCGUUGAAUUGGGCAAUUGGGUGCAGUCUUGGAUUGAGGACCAUCAUGGACUCGGUUCAAAUCUUCGGCUUGUUAAUGCACUUAUUGAUAUGUACUCAAAGUGCGGUGAUUUGGAAACAGCUCGAGGAUUAUUUGAUGGUAUACAUCGAAGGGAUGUGAUUUCUUGGAAUGUUAUGAUUGGCGGUUAUACUUAUAUGAGCUGCUAUAAAGAAUCAUUGGCGCUUUUUCGGAUAAUGCUGAGAUCAAAUAUAGAGCCUAAUGAUGUGACGCUCUUAGGCGUUCUUCCAGCUUGUGCUUCCUUAGGUGCUCUUGACCUUGGCAAAUGGAUUCAUGCGUAUGUGGAUAAGAACUUUCAGAAUAUAACCAAUAGCUCUCUUUUGACAAGUCUAAUUGACAUGUAUGCUAAAUGUGGAAGUAUAGAGGCAGCAGAACAAGUCUUUGACGGUAUGAGUUCUAAAACCCUGGCUUCCUGGAAUGCGAUGAUAUCUGGGUUAGGAAUGCAUGGACAUGCGGACAAGGCUAUUACGCUUUUUGCAAAAAUGGUCAAUGAAGGACUCAAACCAGAUGAUAUCACAUUUGUUGGUUUAUUAUCUGCUUGUACCCAUGCUGGUUUGCCAGAACUUGGCCGCCAAUAUUUCAGUUCAAUGAUCCAUGAUUUCAAUAUUUCGCCAAAACUGCAACACUAUGGAUGCAUGAUAGAUCUUCUAGGCCGAGCUGGAAUGUUUGAUGAAGCAGAGGCCUUGAUGAAGAAUAUGGAAAUGGAGCCAGAUGGGGCCAUCUGGGGUUCUCUUCUGGGAGCUUGUAAAGUUCAUAAACGUGUCGAAUUGGGGGAAUAUGUUGCCGAGCAUCUCUUUCAAUUGGAGCCUGAAAACCCUGGGGCUUAUGUGCUUUUAUCAAAUAUAUAUGCAGGGGCUUGUAGAUGGGAUGAUGUAGCUAGGGUGAGAACCAGGCUCCAAGAUAAGGGAAUGAAGAAAGUUCCUGGAUGUACCUCGAUUGAGGUGGAUAGUGUUGUUCAUGAGUUUCUUGUUGGUGAUAAAGAGCAUCCCCUGAGUAAAGAUAUCUAUGAGAUGUUGGAAGAAACAGAUAGGCUUUUAGAAAUGGCCGGGUUCGUGCCGGAUACAUCCGAGGUGCUUCAUGACAUGGAUGAGGAGUGGAAGGAAGGGGCCUUGAGUCAUCAUAGUGAGAAGUUGGCCAUUGCUUUUGGUCUAAUCAGUACAAAGCCAGGGACGACAAUUAGAAUUGUGAAAAAUCUUCGUGUUUGUGGAAAUUGUCAUUCGGCUACGAAGCUGAUAUCCAAGAUCUUCAAUAGGGAAAUUAUCGCCAGAGAUCGGAACCGUUUCCACCAUUUUAAAGAUGGUUCUUGCUCAUGUAAUGAUUAUUGGUAAAUUAUGUAACUAAUUGAACGAAAGAUCAUAUAUAGGUAUAUGACAUGACAUCCUGUUUAUAAUUAAGUGGAAGACGAUUUGCAUUAAUAUAAGAUGAUCUCUGAAAUCUGAAUA